CUGAAAAUGCGAGAUUACCUUGAUGUGGCGACGCCAAAACACAGAGACACCCUUGUCUCAAUUGUACUAUCAAUACACAAGUUAGCGGUGGAACGACUAAGAUGGACUACACCCACUACCGAGCGUGAAAAUAGACUGUGUCGCAUGUGUCUGGCUGACGUCGAGACCCCCGAACACGUAUUAUUUCGUUGCAUCGGUGACGACGAACUGGGGACACAUGAAGAGAAGGCAAUCGUGGUGAGAAAGUUGCAAGACUUAUGCAAGAGCUUCUGGAGUGAUCUCGCUCACAUGGCUCUGCCCUCCGCACCCCGCGAGGAUACAGCACUACUGAAAGCUUUGGUGGCCCAUCGUCAAUCUAUCGAGGUAACUGCGAAAUAUUGCUACCGAGUGCCGAAAAACGUGUAUAAGCUACCGAUG